AUGACAAAACAAGAACGUCGUCACUAUCAUAGGUUAGUAUUUUUAUAUAUUUUUUUUUGUUUUCCAAUGUAUUUUUUGUUGUUUUGCCUAGGUAUGCUGAUGAAUUGGCUAUACUUUACCAAAUCUGCUGUUGAGGAGAUUCACGUCACCUAUCCUAUUGUAGGUCAAUCAUAUAUUAUUUACCAUUUCGGAAGAAUAGAGAAGGGUGUAAAAAGAAAAGAGGUCAUAAUUGAUCCAAAGGAGUAUAGGGCUAUAUUUUCCGAGUUUGCGGCUGUACUAGACAUGGAAAGUGACUUUGAUGUUUUUGAUUUAAAAAAGCAGUAA